AUGUCUGAUAUCUCCUCAGAGUGGUCCUCCUACUGUGAUCACAUGUUCCACCAGUUGAAUACAUUCCAUCCUCUUCCCGAGAUCAGCGAACCUCUCAUUCCCCCACCUCCCAAGCUUGAUAUUCCCACUAUCAUUACAUGCGCCCAGCUAGUGUUCCUUCUGGCCGAGGCCUACCAGAAUCCAAGUAUGAAUAAUGUGCAUAAAAAAUUGCUCUGGGCUAGAUUCCCUCCUGCCGAGAGAAUGCUCUUGACCCGUCCUUUGAUUGUCCUGGAUUCUGGCUACAGGAUUAUUAUUUGGUAUAUCCCAGAAGCACUGCAUGGCUACAUCCAGAGUGAUAUGUACACAGCCACUCUCAGAAUGAGUCACCACCUGCAAAAGAGUGUCAUCCGUGGAGCCAGUCAGUGGAGAACCAAUGGUGCCAACUUCCAUGCCACCGAUGGCACUGAUGUUACCCCCAAGUGCAUCAAUAUAGCUCCAUGCUGGUUCCAACAAGGCCGAGAGUGCCAGGGUACACCUCCUGAGAAUACUUGGGAUGGGUUCAUGCCAGAGGUCUUGGCUACCCUGAAGGGUGAAAGGGGCAUGUCGAUGAUUUUGGAAAUGCAGAGAUCCAGACUGUUGGCUUCCACUGCCAUGCGUGUCAUGCACCCGCAAAAAUAUUAG